AUGACCAAAGAAAGAAUUGCUGAAUAUGACAGUAAUAAUGAUGGACUAGUUUCAAUGGAUGAAUACUUCGUAUAUAUUUAUGGUAAUGCUGACAACACAGAUUUACUUCCGACACAAGAAAACCGCGACCAAAUAUUACAAAGUCAAGAGCAAGACAAAAGGCGUUGGAGUUACGCCGAUUUCAAUCGAGAUGGGAGUCUUUCACUUGACGAAUUAGCAGCGUUUGAAAACCCUGAAGAUUAUGAGGAAAUGAAAGAUUACAAUGUGGAAGAAACAUUUGAAAACUUGGACUCCGACAGGGACGGGAAGGUUUCUCUGAAUGAAUAUCUUGGUUCUGAUGUGUCUUCAAGCGUGGCUGCUGAGGAAGUUGAUUUUAGAGAACGUUAUUUCAAAAUUUUGAAGGACAGAAAUAAGGACGGUUUUCUAGAUAAGGUGGAGGUCAAGAAAUGGCUUCACCGAUCAUUUCCAUCGCGGAUCGACAUUGAAACGAAUGGUUUUAUGCAACAGAUAGAUAGAAAUAAGGAUGGAUCUUUAAACCAAGAUGAAAUACUCAAAAAUUGGGAUAAGUUCAAGACGUUUUAUCCCGAUUUACAGAACACGUUACUGGAACAUGAUGAGCUAUAA